UGGUAUAUUUAGAGGUAUAUUUUGGACUAAAUCGGAUGGGAAAGCAAUAAGAAAUAAAUAAACAAACGGAAAACCAAGAGAAAGAAAUCCUUUUGGCCUGCAACACGAUUCAUCACGAUGCUUAAUCAUUUCAUCUUUAUUAUAUUCUGAUCAAUUAUUUUAAAUGCUAAACAAAACAUCUAGAUUGUGUGUGUGUGUGUGUGUGUGUGUGUGUGUGUGUGUAUGUGUGUGUGUGUAAGACAAACCGCUUAUGCCAGAUGUGAUAGUGUCAUUUCAGUUUCUUUGCUAAUUAGAAUACUGAACGUAGUUAGCUUUUUGAUCAUCGGACCGAACCAACAGGUUCAAUUGGCGUAUUGUCGCUAUCCGUGUCAUCCAUUUUGUUCUUCUUUACUUUGGUUAUUUGAUUUUCUUUUACCAGAUGAGUGAACCGCUAUCUAGUUCAUACGAUUUCGAAGAUGCUGGAAAUCGUGUUUUUGUGACACUGUAUGCAAAUGGGCCGUUGGAAGUCAAAGAUAUCGAAUUUGAAGUUGAACCAGAUGUUAUGAGCGUGCUUACGCGGUCUGGUGAAAGAUGGUAUUUUCAACUGUACGCCCCAAUUUAUGUCGAUAAAACAGAAAUUGAUACGAUUAAAAAUGACAGUCAAUCAUCAAUCUCAAUCAUCCUUUAUAAGCAACGCCCUCGAGAAUUUUGGCUUGCCCUCCAUAGUCUCAGUUCAAUACCCAUCACACCACAGCAUAAUUCUCUCCACACGGAUAUUAAUUCUGAUCGAUAUUAUGAUAUACCUAUGACGACAGUGACAAAUUCCAGUUUAUCGUUAAACGAUAACAGUCCGGAACAACUAGAUACAACUACUCAUUUUCAUGAAUUAGAAUUUAAAAAGAUAAAAGCAGAAAUAUUUGGAGAAAAAGAUAAAUCCAUAACCACAAAUUUUUAUAUUAAAAAAGUUGAGAAUUGUUUUAUUCGUUUUACAGAAACAGAUUUUACUGCACAUUUUCAAUCCUGUGAUGAACAAUUUCUUAAAACUCAUUCGUCUGCUACAAAUUUUCUAAACUCUCAAACUCAAUUUAAACUACAUGUUCGUGUAAAAGAACGUAUCAUACCCGAAUUGUGUACAUGGAAAUUGACACCAACAUUGAUUGAAAUUAAAUUAGAAAAAGAAAAAUGUGGAAAAUGGCAACAGUUAAUAGCUUCCGAAUACACAGAGCAACCAAUAAAAUCUCAACCUCCUCUACACCUAACAACUCAACCAGUCGCAGUACCUAUGCCACCUUCUCAACACUCAUCCACGGUGACAACAGUUACGUCGUCAAAAGUUCCUAUUGCUUUACCUGCACCAGCGCCACGAAUAUCAACAGCGAAUGAAUUUAGACCGUUGUAUAGUAGUGGACGUGAGACAAGUGUACAAACGGCGACUUCGUCUAGAGGCUAUACAGGAAUUUAUAAUCCAUCAAAUUCAUGUUUUAUGAAUGCUGCUAUACAGUGUUUAGCCAACGCAGUGGAAUUGAGAGAUUAUUUUUUACAACGCUAUUAUUCAUUAGAAAUAAAUAAAACAAAUCCAUUAGGUAUGAAAGGAAUAAUGGCCGAAGAAUUUAGUGUAUUGAUGAACAAUCUGUGGAGUGGAAAAUAUAAUUAUACAAAUGCAAAUAAAUUAAGAAGUUUUGUUGCACAAAGACACCAGGAAUUUGUUAGUAACGGUCAACAUGAUGCUCAAGAAUUACUCACAAUUCUACUCGAUGCUCUAAACGAGGAUUUAAAUCGUGUCAAAACUAAACCCUAUAUUCCAGCCGUUGAAGAUCAAGGGCGUCCCGAUUCUGUUGUUGCCGAUGAAUAUUGGCAAGGCUACUUAAGUCGUAAUGAUUCAAUUAUCGUACAGUUAUUCACUGGACAGUUCAAAUCAAAAACCAAAUGUCCAGAAUGUAACAAAGAAUCUGUUACAUUUGAUCCAUUCACGUCAUUAUCAGUACCAUUACCAAAACGAACAGCAAUCGAUACAAUUGUCACAUAUAGAACAGAAGGAAAACAACCUAUUAAAUAUCGUAUUCUUAUGUCAUCAGAUGCUUUAAUUCAUGAAUUUAAAAAAACAUUAUCAUUAAAAUGUGGUUUACCACCAAAUAAGAUGUGUGUCUAUCGUCUUAAAAAUAACAAUCGUACAGUUGAUCAUUUGAAAGAUGAUGAUCGUGUAUCUCUGAAUAACACUUAUUCAUGGAGUACGAAUGACAUUAUCUAUGUUACUGAAGCAUUGACAAGUCAAGAAUGUAAUAAUGAAAAAAUUGUUCGUUUAACAUUUUGUCAACGUAUAUUUAAAACAAAUGAUUUUCAAUUGACAUGUGCAUUUUGUCAAGUUCAAUUAAAUCCACAUGUUAAACCAAAAUGUUGUACAGGAUGUUAUGCAACAUUUUAUUGUGAUGAUAUUUGUCAACGUUUGCAUUCUGAUCAUCGGACAUACUGUGGUUUUCGUCAAUCAGAUUGUCUCGAACAUGUUGGUCACCCAUUUAUUGUUACAUUACCCGAAUCUAAAUUAACAUACGAAAAUGUUGUCGACGAAAUUAAUUUUUAUUCACAAUAUUAUCUUGAUAUAACUGUACAAAAUGAAAACAUGAAUAUUGAACAAAAUAGCAGUGAUUUUGAAAUUGAUGACGAUGAAGAAGAAGACGAAGACGAAGACGAAGAAGAAAGUUUUAGUGAUAUUGAAAAUAGUGAUUGGCCUGUAUUAAGAUCAACGUUAAUAAGUCAAGAUGCAUGGAGUAUUUGUCGUAUAGGCGAUUAUUUAGCGAAACAACGACAAGGACAAAAAAAAAAACGUCAGCAUAAUAAUCAGACAAGUAAUGGAAAAGACAACUUUUUGAAGAAGACAAAUCCUAUUUUAAAUAGUGGGAAAAAUCGAAUGAUGGUAAAUGGUAUUACUCAGAUAGACGAUGAUGAUGAAGGUUACGAUAUGCAUGAUGAUAUAUUCAAUAAACCAUUGUAUCGUUUAACACCGCAAAAUGCUGGUAUAUCCGUUAAACCAAUUGUUGAAACAGGUGAUGAGGCUGAUUCGAUUUUACAACGUUAUUGUAACUACACAAUCGAUUGGUAUACGGAUAACGGUGAUGAUUCUCCACUGAAAGUCUUACCUUCAAAACAUUCAAGUGGAGUCAAUAAUCUUGUAGAAGAUCGUAGUUUACUAGAAACACCCAGUGGAGAUCAAGAUAUAACAUUACAACAAUGUUUAUCAAUGUUUAUUGAACCAGAAGUGUUGGGUGUUGAUGAUAAAUGGUAUUGUCCACAUUGUAAAGAAUUUAUGCAAGCAACAAAACAAAUGUCUGUUUGGAAACUACCACCAAUAUUAAUUGUACAUUUAAAACGUUUCAAAUAUUACCACGGCACAUUUGGUUAUAUGUCAGAUACAAGAGUAAAAAUAGAUACAAAUGUUAAAUGUCCUAUAAGAGGUUUAAACAUGGCCCCCUAUUGUUCAUCUACAGAUUUAAAUGAUGAAAAAUCAUGUUAUGAUCUGUUUGGAAUAAUAAAUCAUCGAGGAACAGCAUGGUUUGGACAUUAUACAGCUUAUGCAAGACUACUAGCGUUGAAUAAUUCAACCAAAUCAGAAAUCGGUUGGAGAAAUUUUGAUGAUGAACAAGUAUCAACAUUACCUGAAAAUAAAGAUUUAAUUCGUUCUGAUGCUUACGUUCUGUUUUAUCGACAUCGUUAUCAAACUGUCACGUAUCCUCAACACUUAGAACAACAGCAAAAUUCGAUGAUUGAUCGUGUAACUCAAUUUCAAUCAUCUUCAUCAUUGAAUCAUAAUGAUGAAGACUAUUUUUUUGAUGCUCAUACGCUCUCGGCCACGACAAAAGAUGCUAAUAUGACGGAUAUUGAUGAUUUAAUCAAAUAA